AUAUUAUUAUUCGAAGAGGAAGAGGAAGAGGAAGAGGAAACUGUUGUUGUCUUCUUAGAUCCCCAAAAAAACUGAAACUUAGAGAUCAUCAUCAUCUCUUCACCAUGAAUAUGGGAAUGGGAAAGCGAACAGAGUUGUGUGGUGGUCUAAUAGUAAGAAGGGAGUUGGUAAUUCUGUUAUUAGUGGUUGCAGCAGCAGUAGUAGUAGGGAGUAGUGGUAACGUAGUGGAGGAUGAGUACGUGAGGGAGGAGGGGAAGGGGAAGGUGAUAAAGGACAAGGCAGAAGAGAAGGCUGCAGAGAUAGGGAGGGAAGCUAAAGAGGCUUCGGAGUCAUGGGCUGAGUGGACCAAGGAGAAAAUCACCAAAGGCCUUGGUUUUAAAGCUGGAGAGGAAGCCAAGGAUGCUACUGAUUCUGAUACUGAUACUGAUACUGAUACUGCUAUGCACACCAAAGACGAGAUUUCUGGGAACGGGGCAGGGGCAGGACAAUACAGCGCAGACGAAUCCGGAGAAGUGAAGAAUGAGGAGGCAGCUGAGAAGGAGAAGUCAUCUAACAAGAUAGGAGAAGAGGCAAAGGACAAGGCCUAUCAGGCUGCCCAGGAGGCUAAGGAGCAAGUAUCCCAGAAAGCACAUGAAACAUACCACAAGGCAGAGGAAGCGAAAGAGAGAGCACCCCGAAAGGCAAAGGAGGGAUUUGAAACUGCAAAAACGAAAGCGGAAGAAACCCUGGAGUCUGCCAAGGAGACCAUAGCUUCCAACUACGAAACUGCCAAGAAGAAAUCUAAAGACCUCAAGGAUAGCCUUAACCUUGAUGGUGGCAAAGGAGGAAGAGAAGGAGUAGGACCACCACCUCGAGAUGAGGAGUUCUAACUCCCUGAGUUCGAAUCUGAGUCCGAGCAGAGGGAUGCCUCCGGCGUCUCCGCCAGUAGUAAUCAAGUGUGGUUUCAUUCCUGUAAUUAAUUCUGGCACUGUGGGCGGGCGGGCCGAGUCUAUGUUUUUCUGUUUCAUGCAAUGUCGGUGGCAUUAUAUACUUCACUGUGUGUGUGUGGUGUUUGUGUUUGUGUUUAUGUUUUAUGUAGCGUUUGGUUUCCGUUUGUUUAUUAAUUUAUAGGGGAAGUAUAUUGUAUGUU